UAAAACUAACUUAACCCUAUAAAAGUAACUUAUAAAGUGAGAAUUACCCAGUUUUGUAGCCUAUAUUUAAGCCAUAUUUCUAGCUAGGACUAAAUCACCAUCCUCAAGUUUCAAUUAAGACAACCCUAAGAGGCCACAAAUAGGAUGGGCUAGGGUUUAUGGCAAUUAAGACGACUUUAAAUACCUUUGCAAAAUUGUAACUUCUGAAGAAGUUUUUUCAACUCACGAGUCACCUGUGGUGAGGGGUCGUGCUGUGGUAUGUGCCUUUUCAUUGGAACUCUAGAAAACAUUUUGCUGUAUACUCCUUCAUGAAAUGAGAUUACUUUUUUUAAAACCAUAUUUGUCAGAAAUAAAUUGCUUGUCCUUAUGGACAAUCUGCCCUAUGUCUGGCCUUCAUAUGUCAAUUAGGUUACCAAUCAACCUGUAAUAUCCUUAGGAUCAAAAAUAGGAUGUGGUGGUUAGGUACAAGCUUCCAUCUGUGUAUAUGAUUUGGCUCAUUCUAAAUAUUCAGAACAUACAUGGCCUGCCUUUGCUGAGCUACUUCAAUUCAAAGAAAAUCUCUGUUGUUUGAGGCAUUCAAUGCCAUCAUGAUCAUCACAUGCAAUCAUUAUGUUAUCAAUAUAAACAAUUGAGUAAAUGCAAAGAUUGGAAGAACAUAUACAAGCACAGUGGUCCGCUUCGCGUUGAAUCGUUUCCAACCUCCUGAAUAACACAAUUUUAACCUAUUCUAAAAGGAUCUCAAUAAAUUUUUGCAAUCAAUACAAUCUAAUCGUAUCCUGAUCUAUUCAUUUAAUGUGCUUGUAUGGAAUUCUUACCUCAUGUAUGAUUAUUAGGAAGAAGUUAUUCAAUCAGGUAGUCAGAUUGAGCCACCCGGAAUGCACAUGAUUUAUCUUCCAUAUUCUGAUGACAUCAGACUUGUUGAAGAGCGUUAUUCUGAUACAAGCGGGAUGGUGACUAAAGCAAGUAGUGAUCAAAUAAAAAGGGCAGCUGAUUUAAUUAAGCGUGUUGACUUGAAAGAUUUUUCUGUAUGCCAAUUUACCAACCCUGCCUUGCAAAGACACUAUGCUGUACUGCAGGCAUUAGCAUUGGAAGAGGAUGAUGUUCCAGAAAUGAAAGAUGAAACAUUACCUGACGAAGAAGGCUUGGCCAGACCAGGAGUGGUGAGGGCAGUGGAAGAAUUCAAAACCUCGGUAUAUGGGGAAAAUUAUGAUGAGGAGAAUGAGCAUGGCAUUGGGAAGCCAACUGAAGCCUCAAAGAAACGAAAAGCAAUGGUAGAGUUUGCAACUACAGAGUGUAAACAAUAUGACUGGGGCGAGCUUGCUGACACUGGAAAGUUAAAGGAUUUGACUGUGGUGGAGUUGAAAUAUUAUCUUACCGCACAUAAUCUUCCUGUUUCCGGAAAGAAAGAGGCUAUAAUUAGCCGAAUAUUAAGUCACAUGGGAAAAUGAGGAAGGGGCCAAAGUUAUCAUUAAUGAUUUUGCAACGUGGAUAACUAGAACCUAAGACUCUUGGCCACAAGGUCUGCUAAAGUUAAUGUUUUGAUAUCUUAUUCUUGAACCUAUGUGGAUAAAGGGGUUAGCUAUACAUGGUAUUAGGGUAUGUAGUAGCAUGGUUUACCGGUUGAAGACAUAAUCUGUGUUAGACAUCCAACCCUGUUUUGGUUAAAUUGCUAGCAUUCCAGUUAUGAUUCAUAACCCAAUUAGAGUAAUUAUAGACCAGGAAAUGACAAAAAAUCUGGCUAUUAGUGAAUUUUUCCGUUGUCUGAUUUAUAAUAGCAAUAUUUUAUACUCAUUUUGCUUGUGAAGAGGUUCAGAGAUCUCUAAAAGAUGAAUAAACAUAAAAAGGGGGUACAUUGCGAUAUUGUUGAUAUGGAUGGAUUACUUAGUG